GUGUUUUGACUUUCCCUCUUCUUGCCUGCAACUGCAAAAUUACCAACUCCAAAAAUGUCGCCAACCACUGCAAGCUCCUCCACCAAUAUACUUGAUUUUGUGGUGCAUAAGGCCAAUGGCUUAAAGGGUUUAGUUGAUACAGGUCUUGAAUCUAUUCCUCAUCAGUAUAUCCAACCACAAGAUGAAAGAUUGAAUACAAGCCAAAUCCUCAUAUCCCAAGAAUCUAUACCCAUCAUUGAUGUCUCAAAUUGGGAUGACCCACAAGUUGCAGAAUCAAUUUCUCAAGCAGCAAGCAAGUGGGGUUUCUUUCAAAUCAUCAAUCAUGGGAUUCCAUUAGAGAUUGUUGAUAAUUUAAAGGAUUCUGGUCACGGGUUCUUCAGUUUACCAAAUGAAGAAAGAAAGAAGUAUUGGAAAGGAAAUUCCUCAACUGAUACUGUGUUUCUUGCAACUAGUUUUAGCCCUUUAACUGAAAAGGUAUUGGAAUGGAAAGACUAUCUCAGCUUUCAUUACAUCCCAGGAGAUGAGAAAUCUCCCUCAUUGUGGCCUCCUAUAUGCAAGGAUCAAGUGCUUGAUUACAUGAAGAGAGCUGAACUGGUUAUCAAAAGGUUGUUAGAGCUGCUAUUGAAAAAACUCAAUGUGAAAGAGAUUGACAAAGAAAGAGAAUAUGCCUUAAUGGGUUCACUAAGGAUUAACAUGAAUUACUAUCCUCAUUGUCCUAAUCCUGAACUUGCAGCCGGAAUAGGCCGUCAUUCUGAUGUAUCAUCCAUCACAGUCCUCCUACAAGAUGACAUUGGUGGGCUUUAUGUUCGAGGAAUAGAAGAGAAUAGCUGGAUUCAUAUCCCACCUGUUACUGGAGCACUAGUUAUCAACAUUGGAGAUGUACUGCAGAUAAUGAGCAAUGACAGAUAUAAAAGCAUAGAGCAUCGUGUAAUUGUCAACGGAAGCAAGAACAGGGUUUCAGUUCCUAUCUUUGUCAAUCCAGGACCUCAUGCUCUAAUUGGACCUUUACCAGAAGUUCUAGGGAGUGGAGAAGCACCAAAAUAUAAGUCAGUUCUCUAUUCGGAUUACUUUACUUAUUUCUUUAGCAAGGGUCAUGAUGGGAAAAACACUAUUGACUUCGCCAAGAUAUGAUACUGAUCCUUGUGCUUCUACGCUCUUGCAAGUAAGAAAGCAGUAGUGAGAUUGUCAUUCUGUUGUAUACUCUGUUAAUGCCAGGAGAGACUGUAUGUUUAGGUGUGGACCUGUUUGGGAGCCAAGCUGUUGGCCUGUAGGUUGGGUAGGCUGAGCCUUUUGAAAUUGACACUUUUGAAACUCGGGAUUGUCUCAUAAACAUGUCUGGAGUUAGGUGCCUGGCUGGAUCAUUCAUUCACUUUUGCCGUUCGAGCUUUAAAUUCUCUUCCAUCCUGUACUACUUCUUUUGAUCACUUAAUGAGCAAUAAAAUAUAAAUUUAUAUAAA